UUUUCUUGUGCAGUUCAUCUCCUCUAUACAUUUUCCAAGGACCGUCUGAGUUUAUGCCACCAGAAAAAGGCUUGAAAAGUUUUUUAAGAGAGUACAAGAUGCGUGAAGAUAUUUUAGAUCAGCAGGCAUCACUUCAGCGAGCUAGACUUGAAGCUUCUCUUGCUGAUGGCAUCUCUUGGGGUAUGGCAGAGGAUGCCAUUAUAGAAGAAGCUGAGGAUGAUGGUGAGGAAGUAACUUGGCAAACAUACAAAGGACAGCUUUCGGAAAAGCAGAUAAAAACCCGUGAUAAAAUAACUAAAAGAAUGGAAAAGAUUGCUCAUAUGAAGAAAGAGAUAGAUGCUAUUUGUGCUAAAGACGUCUCUCAAGGUGGAUUGACUCAAGGGCAACAAACUCAGAUCGUGCAAAAUGAACAAAGAACAGAACAGAUUCUGGAAGAGCUUGAAAAUUUGGAAGAGACUCUGAAUGAGAGUAUUCGAGAAAGUUUACGUGCACGUGUUGGGAUGCUAUCUCAUGGUAAGAAGAAAGGAGCAAUUGAAGAAGAAGAAGAACUUUUGAGAUGAAUGACAUGCUUCCAAGCUUGGAAGAACAGGGAGUGUGUCAACUGUACCCAAAAGGCCCAAAUAUUGAUUUUAAGAAGGAACUAAGGUCCCUUAACAGAGAAUUGCAGCAGCACAUUUUGGAACUAGCUUGCUGAUAUUCUUGUGGAGAGACCAUCACAAUAUGCAAGGAGAGUGGAAGAAAUAUCUCUUAUGUUCAAGAACUUGCAUCAUCUUCUGAACUCAUUGCGGCCCCAUCAGGCUAGGGCAACACUAGUUCACAUUCUAGAACUUCAUAUAAAACGACGUAAACAAGCUGUGGAGGAUGUAAAGAGGAGGAGAGAAGAAGCACAGGCACUUCUGAAGGAGUCCCUUGAAUCGUUGGAGGACACUAGUCCAUCUCUUAUGUUGAAAUUGGGAGGGCUCAUAUAUGUUCCUAUUCAAUUAUCAGAGCCCCUCAGACAGUUUCAUCUAAUACCUUUAGGGAGGGUCAUGGAAUCCCACUGGUCAAAGUUUCUCGGACAGACAGUUGUAUCUAGUACCGUCAUGCUUUUAUAUCAGAAACUUCUGGUUUUACCUUUCUAUACUAGUGUUGAGAGGAAAGUAGUCCAUCUAGCUGUUAUUGAAUGAUGGUAUCCAAGCAUUAAUUCAGAUGGCAUGGAUAGAUGGAGGAUAGAUUAGA